AUGUCUAUUAAACCAAUAAAACUUGUAAUAGUAGGAGAUGGAACUGUUGGAAAGACUUGUAUGCUUAUUUCAUACACAACUAAUGCAUUUCCAAAUGAAUAUAUUCCAACAGUAUUUGAGAAUUAUAAUGCUACUGUUGUUGUUGAUGAUAAUAAAAUUAAUCUUGGAAUAUGGGACACAGCAGGACAAGAGGAAUAUGAUAGAUUAAGACCAUUAUCAUAUCCUUCAACUGAUGUUUUCUUAAUAUGUUAUUCAAUUAUGUCAAAAGCUUCUUAUGAAAAUGUAGAAGGAAAAUGGGUAAAAGAGAUUAGAACACAUUGUCCUGAUACUCCAUUUUUAUUAAUUGGAACAAAAUCAGAUAUUAGAGAUGAUUAUGAACAACAACAAAUUAUUAAAAACAAGGGAUUUGAACUUGUCUCUCCUAAUGAAGGACAAGAAAUGGCUCAAAAAAUGGGUGCCAUAAAAUUUAUGGAAUGUUCAGCCUUAACUCAAUCGAACUUAGUAAAUGUUUUUAAAGAAGCAAUUCGUGCAGGAGUUAACUAUAAAGAUUCCCUCUUUUCAAAGCCAUCAAAAAAGCUAACUAAUAAACAUCGAUGUAGUCUUCUCUAA